UGUUCGUGGAUUGUUCACCUGUAUUUGAUGCAAAUCGGUGCUUAACCCCAGAGAUGAUAAUGUAACGUCACCCUGCAUGAGCGGUAUGGUUGUUUGGUGUAGUCGCGAAUUUCAAUGGAUAUUUUUAUAUUGGUCUUGACUUAAAAAACAAUGGAUUACAAAGAAGAACAGAACAACGAAAUAGAAGCCCUGGAUUCAAUUUACUGUGGUGAACUUGAAAUUUUAACAACAGAGCCAUAUCACAGAUUUUUAAUACCUAUAAAGUCUGAAGAAUAUGAACCAGACACUGAAAAUGGAAUGUCAUGCAAGUUAAAAUUUAGUUACACUGACAAAUAUCCAGAUGAACCUCCAGAAGUUGAAGUUACAGAAACCAGUAACCUUGAAGAUGUAGAUACAGACCUGCUGACACAGCAUAUAUUGAAGGAGGCUGAAGACAAUUUAGGAACUGUCAUGAUAUUUACCUUAGUUUCAUCAGCUCAGGAAUGGCUAAACAUGCGGUGGGAUGAAGUCCGGAAUGCCAGAGAAGAGGCUGAAAGGAGAAAAGAAAUAGAGGCAGAAGAAGCCGAAAGGAAAAGGUUCGAGGGCACCAGAGUUACUGUUGAAACAUUUCUGGCGUGGAAGGCUGCAUUUGAUGCUGAAUUUAAUUUGAAGAAGAAGCCAGAAAAAGAGGAGAAAGAUAGCAAAAAGAUGACUGGAAGGGAACUGUUCCUUUCAGAUAAAAGUCUUUAUGAAUCAGAUCUCAAAUUUCUUGAGGAUGGUGGUGAUACCAUUAAAGUCGAUGAGUCCCUCUUCCAAGAUAUGGAUGAGCUUGACCUUGAUGCUGAAGAUGAACUGGAUGAAGAAGAUAGUUCAUGAGAUUAAAAUUAUAAAACUUUUGUAUUCCUCCAUGUGUAAGGCAGCAGAAGACCUAAGCACAUUUGUGAGAUAUGAGAAAGUUGCCAUAAGUGAAUACUGUACAUAUGAAGUGAGAAAAAAUACAUGCAUUGUUUUUGAUUGUUUUUA